AUGGGUCCACCCGCCUGGGUGAGCGGGGCUCGGUUUCCGUCGAGCGCCUUUGCUUCUACUCGGUUUACUCGGGUGAAGUCGCCACCUUCAUCUCGUCGGCUUCAGGCUUUCCGGAGCUUGUUUCAAGGGGGAAGGCAAACGCCUCUGAAGAGUCCACAGGAUAUUGAAGUCUAUGUUGAAAAUACGCAUCUUGUCCUAAGGUGGAACUACACUGGGAAUGAUACUGAUGUGACAUUUUCAGCAGAGUAUCGGUGGUCUGAAGAUUUUGAAAUAAGUAAAACGAACUGGGAGGAGUUGCCUGGGUGUCAGAAUGUUACUCGCACAGCAUGUGGCUUUUCCUUAGACGUAACCAAUUACUAUGAUCCCCAUGAUGUGCGUGUAAGGGCUGAAAGAAGGGGAGAAGUGUCUCCGUGGUCUAGCACUUUUGAAAUGACUCCAUAUUAUAUUGUACUUGCAAUUCCAAUUGAUCCCCCAGGAAUAAAGUUGCAGUCUAUAAAUGGAGUCAUAAAAAUUAAGGUUUCUCCUCCAGAAGUAAAUCAGGUCCAAAGAAUGUUGCUAAUGCAACAAAAUUUUAGAUAUAAUCUAGUUAUCUGGAAAAAUUUGUCAAAUGCAGAGUUGAAAAGUCGAAGCAUCUUUCCUGAUGACACAAUUGAUGAUCUCACACCGGACACUACCUAUUGUUUGAAAGUUCAAGCAACUCUUCCUUUGCAUUCACUAGAAAGCUUAUUCAGUCCUGUUUGUUGUGUAAAAACUACCCGUAAAGUGAAGGACCCACUCUGUGCAACAAAUGUGAGAGUUCUUGCUUUGAAUAUGAAAUUUUAUUUGCAUUGGAAUAAUCAGUAUAAACAACAUGUGAGCUACAACGUGCAGUAUCUCCUUGGGUAUAUAAGAGAACUCGACAGUAGUUACUCAACGAAGUGGCUUAAUGUACCUGGAUGUGAAAAUAUCACUGAUACACAAUGCAACUUCUCAUCUCUCAUCACUCCCUCUGGAUUUUAUUAUCUCCGUGUGCAGGCCAAGAGUGGAUUUAAUAAAUCAUGUUUGUCUAAUGAAGUGAAAGUAGAUCCUCUGAAAACAAAUGACAUUGGCCCUCCUGGUGUAAAGGUGGACAUCAGUGGUGACGGUUUGCUCCAUAUCCAGAUUUCUCCUCCAGGAGGAUCUGAGCGUGAAGUCAUGAGGGACCAAUAUGAUUUGUCUUACCGGAUUCUCUAUUGGAAGAAUUCAUCAAAUAAUGAGGAGGAAAUCAAAAUGAAAGAGACAAAACAGACGAUAGGGACAGUCUCUGAUCUAACACCCUCAACUACGUACUGUGUAAAAGUACAAGCGUUCUCAAAAGCUUACAACAAAAACAGUAGUUACAGUGAAGAGGAAUGCAUCAAAACACCUGGAGAUAAGAUUUCAUCUCUGAUCAUUUUAGCAACAUUUGCAAGUGCCCUGGUUGCUGUCUGUCUUGUCGCCACACCACUUGUUUUUGUCCUGUAUCAAGCCUACAAUAAAAUCAAAUAUGUGUUCUUUCCAUCAUGCCAGCCUCCUUUGAACAUAGAGGAUUUUGGACGACAGCUCUUCAUUAGUCCUUAUCUGUCAACUCCAGAAGAACCAAUAGAAAACUGUUCAGUAAUUGAGCCUGUCAUCACAGAAGUAGUAAAUCAAAUUGAUUUUGAUGACUACAAACACUCUAAACAGAGCAGUCGAGAUUCAGGAAAUUAUUCUAAUGAGGAUGAUGCUUCAGGAAGCAAAGCAUCAGAAGAAACGCUAGGAAGGGAAAUACUAUAA